AUGUCCGUGGAGCACGAAAUGCUCGCUAAGAGUCGCAUGGCUGAUUGGUCGGGCAUUACUAUUUCUUACGAGCUUCUACUCCUCCAAUACGGAUGGGGUGUAUGA